GAUGCCUAAUGCAUGUUACAAAGAUGGCUACAGAUCCGAUUGAUUAUGCAAGGUUUUGAUCACUGCUGCGUUGGAUGCUCCAGCAGUUUCUGUCACUCUUACUUCAGACAUUUUGUUGUCACAGUUGCGGAGGACAUGCGCCUAUUGUGUUUAUCCUCUCCUGAAUCGAGAAAGGACUAGUUCCACUCCACUUGGGAGUUGGAGCACCCCAAAAAAAAGAAGAAGAAGAGGAAGAGGAACACGCACUUUUUGUCAGGUGUAUGCAUCGCCGCUACGUAAUCAGGUGCACGUAGAGGUCUCACUUACGUGCGCACGUGUUACCACACCAAAGCGUACAUUUCGUGUUGCAUUGUUUCAGUACCAACACGAUGGCAAAAUGUCUGCACAGACAGUCACAAUAAACACUGGUUUGAAUCUUCAACUUGGACGCAUAACCGGCUUUAUCUAGAAAAGACUCCGCAGUUCGUUCUCUCCAUUCGAGGAGCAGAAUGCUUUCGCACGGACGGCGGAAAACCCGGGCUGCUGGUGGAAUAAUUCUCUCUGACCAGAAAAGGUCUUGUUCUUAAGCACCCAAUCAUGAACCUCCUCUCAUCAAUUAUUUCCUGGGAGCAUUAAGAAAGAAUCCAUCCCCAAAUAUUCAGGCAGGAGGUAAAGCUCCAACUCUCGCAUGUUUUCUGAAAAGCUACAAGUGCUGUUCAGUUAAAGCUUGUACAGUAGUAAAUCUAAUGCUAGCAUGGGUUCUAGUCUCCUAUGAUCUACCCACUACUUGCCUCGACAUCAUGGAGACUAGCCGAACUCUGUGCUCUCUGUUGCCGCCAAUGGUUUUUGGAUAAUAGACAUCAUGAUCAGUGCAAAUUUUCAGACGAAACCUCACAUCUGCAUGUACGCUACUACCAGUGCUCAUCAGAGUUCAGAGAAAAGCAGAUUGGGCAUGUAGCAUGGUGUUUGCUGUUAGUCCCAGAUUAUACGGCAAUGGAGGAAUGCCUUGAUCAGCAGCAGCAGCAGCAGAAGAAGAGCAACAAUGGGCAGCUCCAGAGGCUUGAGGGCAUCGAGGAGGAAGGCGGCCAGGCCCCGGCGGAGAAGUGGCCUCCGACGACGGUGCGGGCGCCGGAGACCCCGACGGAGACCAUGGAGUUCCUCGCAAGGUCCUGGAGCCUUUCGGCCGCGGAGAUAUCCAAGGCGCUCAAGGUGCUGAGCAGCAAGGGCGUCUGCGACAUCCCUGACGUCGGCGUCGUCGCGGGCGCAGGUAAAGAGCAGAGACCGCCGCCGCCGCCACCACUUGACGCGACAAUGGCGGCGGCGCAGGCAGGAGGAGGAGUGGCGAGCCCGCCGUUCUCUCCCAGGGCGGGCAGCAUGGACGCGCAGCUCCUCCGGGCCGCCGCCGCCGCGGGGAGGGCAGGGGGCGGCAAGACGACGAUGGGCGCGUGGAUCAAGGAGCAGAAGGAGAAGAAGCGCGCCGAGGCCCGGUCCCGCAACGCGCAGGCGUACGCGGCGACGUCCGUGGCCGGGGUCGCGGCGGCGGUGGCCGCGCUGGUCGCCGGCGCGGUGUUCUCGUCCUCGCCCGCUCCUCCUCCUCCUCCCCCCGCCGCCGCGGCGCCGGAGCGCGCCCAGAGGGGCGACGGCGGGGCGAAGACGGCGGCGGCCAUCGCGUCGGCGGCGGCGCUGGUGGCGUCGCACUGCGUGGAGAUGGCGCAGGCGAUGGGCGCGAGCCACGAGCAGAUCCUGGGGUCCAUCCAGUCGGCCGUGAACGCGCAGGCGAGCGGCGACAUCAUGGCGCUGACCGCCGGCGCGGCGACGGCGCUGCGCGGGGCCGCCAUGCUGCGGGCGAGGCUCCACAAGGAGAUCCAGGCCACCGCCCUGCCCGGGGACGCCGGCAGGGCGGCGUCGGAGCGGGACAUCUCGCCGCUCAUCUUCGUGUCCAGAGGCGGCGAGCUCCUCAAGCGCACGAGGCAGGGUAUCCUCCAUUGGAAGCUUGUGACGGCGUACAUAGACCCCAACUUCCAGGUGGUCAUCAAGAUGAAGAGCGCGCACAUGGCGGGAACGUUCAUCAAGACCAAGAAGUGUGUUGUGGUGGACGUCCGGUCGGAGGUGGCGGCGUGGGCGGGGAGGGAGGUGGAGGAGGGUGGCCGUCGGAGGGGCUACUUCGGGGUCCGGACGGAGGAGCGGGUGAUCGAGUUCGAGUGCCGGAGCAGGCAGGAGCAGCACAAGUGGGUGCAGGGCAUCACCGAGAUGCUCAACCGCCGCGACAACAUGAACAUGAACAUCACCCACCUUGUAAACUAAAUCAGUCAGAUGCCAUGGAAAUGCAGCACUCCGUCGGUGCUAUUCUGGCUUCGUGUGAUCGAUCACAUCUGCAUGUAUAUAUGUUACUCCUUGUGACUCAGUAUUCUGCUUGUGUUGGAAAAAAAUUCAGUACUAUUC